GCAUGCACGGUACUUGCGAGAGGCAGUGUAGUGUCUUCAUGUGGGCCACACACACCCGCCAUCAUGAAGCACAUCGGAUUUUUUAUAGUUGUUCUUUGCGCGGGGACGGUAACUUCUAAAGAGAAAGACACAAGAAAGAAACAUGGUCGUUACAACAAUCAGUCUGCGCACCAGUUCACGACGCCACCGGAUGAAAUCGCACCGAUGCUGCCCGACGAUGGUUUCCAAACAACUACUCUCAUCUCUGGUCUAAUGCCUGACUCCUUUGGAGAAAUGUUUAAUUUUCUUGACGGUGACAGUUUUGGCAUAGGUAUGUAUAAUAAUUAUGUACCUACAGACAGGGUUUGCCAAACUAUAGAUUGCGACCAAUUGGUGGGUCGAAAGCUUAUUUUUUGGUUGACCGUGUCUGUAGAAACACGCCCUACUCAACCGUUCCUGUAUCUUAUUUUCAAAUUGCUAACGGUUUUAUUUCCUAAAAGUGGGUCCUGGGUAAGGGAACUUCAUUUAGAUAAGUCGUAGUCCAGGUAACUUUGU